AUGAACGGCGGCGAUUACCGAAGGAGAGACCGUAGGGACACUCGGAUUUCGAAGAAGCAGAAGCUGAUACUGAACGCGGAGGAGCAGCUUGAGUCCAAGCUCGGAUUCGAUCUCUUCACCGAGGGAGAUAAACGGCUCGGCUGGUUGCUGACCUUUGCCUCGUCUUCGUGGGAAGAUAGGGAGACUCAUAAAGUGUACAGUUGCGUUGAUUUGUAUUUUGUAUGCCAGGAUGGUUCAACGUUCAAGGCGAAGUAUAAGUUCCGGCCAUAUUUUUAUGCGGCCACAAAGGACAAAAUGGAAAUGGAUGUUGAGGCAUAUUUGAGAAGGCGCUAUGAAGGCCAAGUUGCAGACAUUGAGGUUGUGGAUAAAGAAGAUCUUGAUCUUAAAAAUCACUUGUCUGGUUUGCACAAAUGCUAUUUGAAGAUAUCUUUUGAUACAGUCCAACAACUGAUGCAAGUGAGGAAUGAUCUUAUUCAAGUUGUUGAGAAAAACCAGGGGAAAAUGAAUGCUGAGGAUGCAUAUGAAUCCAUAUUGACUGGAAAAAGCAAACAACGACCUCAGGAUUUCGUCGACUGCAUCAACGACCUUCGUGAAUUUGAUGUACCUUAUCAUGUUCGCUUUGCCAUUGACAAUGAUAUACGAUGUGGGCAGUGGUAUGAUGUAAGUGUAUCCAGUGCUGGGAUUGCAGUAGAAAAGAGAACAGAUCUGUUGCAACGUGCAGAAGUUCAUGUCUGUGCUUUUGAUAUUGAGACCACAAAGCUUCCUUUAAAAUUCCCGGAUGCUGAAUAUGAUUCAAUCAUGAUGAUUUCUUACAUGGUUGAUGGUCAAGGAUACCUCAUCAUUAAUAGAGAGUGUGUUGGGGAGGAUAUAGAGGAUUUAGAGUACACUCCCAAACCCGAAUUUGAAGGGUGUUUCAAAGUGAAAAACGUGAAGGACGAGAAAGAACUCCUUAGACUGUGGUUUACCCAUAUGCAAGAUGUAAGACCUGGUAUAUAUGUUACAUACAACGGCGAUUAUUUUGACUGGCCAUUCAUGGAAACCAGAGCAGCACAUCAUGGUUACAACCUGAACGAAGAGCUUGGAUUUCGAUGUGACAAAAAUCAAGGUGAAUGUCGUGCCAAAUUUGCUUGCCACUUGGAUUGUUUUGCUUGGGUUAAACGUGAUAGUUAUCUUCCUCAAGGAAGCCAUGGUUUAAAGGCUGUGACAAAAGCCAAAUUGGGUUAUGAUCCAUUGGAAGUAAAUCCUGAGGAUAUGGUUCGUUUUGCAAAAGAAAAGCCCCAGAUGAUGGCAUCUUACUCUGUUUCUGAUGCUGUUUCAACUUAUUACCUCUAUAUGACUUAUGUGCACCCCUUCAUAUUCUCUCUCGCUACCAUAAUACCAAUGCCACCUGACGAGGUCUUACGGAAAGGAAGUGGGACACUCUGCGAAAUGCUUCUUAUGGUCCAGGCAUAUAAGGCAAAUGUCGUCUGCCCUAAUAAACACCAGUCUGACUCAGAGAAGUUCUACAAUAAUCAACUUCUUGAGAGUGAGACAUACAUUGGUGGCCAUGUGGAAUGCCUGGAAAGUGGGGUUUUCAGAUCUGAUUUGCCGACAAGUUUUAAGCUUGAUCCAACUGCUUAUGAGCUACUUCUUGAUAAUCUUGACCGUGACCUUCAAUAUGCUAUAAGAGUGGAGGGAAAGAUGGACCUGGAAUCAGUUGCAAAUUACGACGAAAUAAAGAAUGCCAUCAAGGAAAAGCUGGUCAAAUUGCACGAUGAGCCCAUUCGUGAAGAAGUCCCUCUUAUAUAUCAUCUUGAUGUUGCUGCUAUGUAUCCAAACAUAAUUUUAACUAACAGACUUCAGCCACCCUCAAUAGUCACGGAUGAGAUAUGCACUGCAUGUGAUUUUAACCGUCCAGGCAAAAAUUGCCUUAGGAAGCUUGAGUGGGUUUGGCGUGGAGAAACAUACAUGGCAAAGAGAAGUGAUUACUAUCAUCUGAAGAGGCAAAUUGAGUCUGAGCUUGUCGAUAACACAAAUAGGCAAUUGUAUAACACUUUCCUUGAUCUUCCUAAAGCAGACCAGCAAUUGAAACUCAAAGAGCGUCUAAAGAAAUACUGUCAAAAGGCAUACAAAAGAGUACUCGAUAAACCUAUCACUGAACUUCGAGAAGCAGGGAUUUGCAUGCGUGAAAACCCAUUUUAUGUUGACACUGUCCGGAGUUUUCGAGAUAGAAGGUAUGAAUACAAGGGGCUGAAUAAAGUGUGGAAGGGAAAACUCUCUGACGCAAAGGCUAGCGGGAACUCUAUUAAAAUCCAGGAAGCCCAAGACAUGGUGGUGCUGUAUGAUUCAUUGCAACUCGCCCACAAGUGCAUUCUCAACUCCUUCUACGGAUAUGUUAUGCGCAAGGGUGCAAGAUGGUAUUCCAUGGAAAUGGCUGGAGUUGUCACGUAUACUGGAGCAAAAAUAAUCCAGAAUGCUCGCUUGUUGGUUGAAAGAAUUGGCAGGCCUCUGGAAUUAGACACUGAUGGUAUUUGGUGCGCACUGCCAGGCUCAUUCCCAGAGAAUUUCACGUUUAAGACAAAAGAUUCGACAAGGAAGUUCACAAUAUCAUAUCCUUGUGUCAUGCUUAAUGUUGAUGUGGCUAGAAACAAUACCAACGAUCAGUACCAGACACUUAAAGAUCCUUUCAGUAAGACAUAUACAACACACAGCGAAUGCUCAAUUGAGUUUGAGGUGGAUGGACCGUACAAGGCAAUGAUUAUACCUGCAUCCAAGGAGGAAGGGAUUUUGAUCAAGAAACGUUAUGCAGUUUUUAAUGAUGAUGGUACCCUUGCUGAACUGAAAGGUUUUGAGAUCAAGCGUAGAGGUGAGCUAAAGCUCAUCAAAGUUUUCCAGGCUGAGCUAUUCGAUAAAUUUCUUCGUGGGUCGACAUUGGAGGAAUGCUAUUCAGCUGUUGCUUCUGUUGCAAAUCGCUGGCUUGAUCUUCUUGAUAAUCAGGGCGAAGACAUUGCAGAUAGUGAAUUACUUGAUUAUAUAUCAGAAUCUAGCACAAUGAGCAAGUCCUUAGCGGAUUAUGGUGAACAAAAGUCAUGUGCAGUGACCACAGCUAAACGCUUAGCUGACUUCCUUGGGCAUGCAAUGGUUAAAGACAAGGGAUUGCACUGUCAGUAUAUAGUUGCAUGUGAACCGAAGGGAACACCGGUAAGUGAGCGUGCUGUUCCUGUUGCAAUUUUUGAGACUGAACCUGAAAUUAUGAAGUUUUAUGUGAAAAAAUGGUGCAAAGUCUCAUCAGAUGUUGGUAUCCGAUCAAUUAUUGAUUGGUCAUACUACAAACAAAGGCUCAGUUCUGCUAUUCAAAAAAUUAUCACCAUUCCUGCUGCUAUGCAAAAGGUUUCGAAUCCUGUCCCGAGGGUGGUUCAUCCUGAUUGGCUACACAGGAAGGUCCGUGAGAAAGAGGACAAGUUUCGUCAACGGAAAUUGGUUGACAUUUUCAGUCGACAAAAGAGAGAUUUUGCUGCAAGAGAGAGUGGUGAUCCUAACAUCAAUGAUCAUGUCGCGAACGAACUUAAUGUGCCCGACAUGGAAGACUUUAGGAACACUGGAAACACUCUUCCUGCUAAGCCUCAACCUAUUGUUCAUUCUUAUGGGGUCAAUUAUGAACAGCAUCAAAUCAAAACGAGUUAUCUGAGAGAAAGUGCAAAGUUGAAUGAUAAAGAUGAAUGUGGACAUAAGCUUUCAACCAAUCCACUGCAAGAGGCUUCCGAAGAAAGAAUUGACAGAAGUGUAGAUUAUCGAGGAUGGCUGGAGUUAAGGAAGAGAAAGUGGAAAGAGAUUCGGGAGAAAAGGAAACGUCAAAGGUUAGAUAACUAUAGGACUUCAAAUGAUGGUAGUGAGGUGCCCGGCAGAAUACUCAAUUUCAAGCAGGCUCAAGGCAGAGUUGGGGUGAAUUCCUAUUUUCAGAGGCAUGAAGUGGCUGUUACACGCUGUCAUUGGCAGAUUAUUCAGUUUGUACCAAGCUCAAUGCAUGGCCAAUUUUUCGCUUGGGUAGUUGUAGACGGAACAAUGCGUAAGAUUCCCAUACAAGUCUCCAGGCUAUUUUACCUCAAUUCAAAAGCCCCUGUGACUGAAGAGUUUCCUGGAAGGCGUGUGAACAAGAUUCUUCCUCAUGGCCACAAAAACUACAAUCUGAUUGAGGUUACAAUUGAUGAAGACCAAUUCAGAGCUGAAAGCAAGAAAUUAGCAGCUCACCUUGCGGAUCCUGAAGUUGAGGGAAUAUAUGAAACAAAGAUCCCGCUCGAGUUCAAUGCUAUCCUGCAGAUUGGUUGUGUCUGUAAAGUGGAUAAGUCUGCCAAAAAAAGAAAUGUCCAAGAUGGCUGGAGUUUGGAUGAAUUGCAUAUGAAAACAACUACAGAGUGCUCGUAUCUUGAAAAUUCGAUGUCUUUCUUCUACUUGUAUCAUAGCAUAUCUGAUUCCCGAGCUAUGUAUGUUGCCUAUUUUCCUACAUCGAGCCAAGUGUAUGUUGUGGUUGUUAGCCCCUUCCCAAGUAAAGAAUUAUCACCUCAAAUGCUAGAAAGACAAUUCCGUGAAGCUAGCCAAGCAUUAUCCAUUCAGCCCUCCAUGACAAAUGAAGGCACGACAUUCAAGGUUGAAUAUGUGGCACAUGUCAAGGAUGCUCAAGGAAACUUGCAGAGGAUGAUAACCGAAUACAGACAUCGUUAUCAUGGCCCUGUGAUUGCGAUUAUAGAGUGCCCAAAAAUCCAGUUAUUAAAGUCUGGUAUACGGGCACUGGAAGAAUUUCCAUGUGUAGCCAUCCCUUCCAAUGUUCGUGAUAGCCAAUAUCAGGCUAUUGGUUGGCAGGUAAUUGCUGCAAAAAUUGGAUUACAAAGAUGUGCUGCAUCAUCACAAUGGUUUAAUGAGAGAGUUACACUUUCACGAUAUGCCCAUGUUCCAAUGGGAAAUUUUGAAAUUGAUUGGCUCAUGCAUACAGCAGAUAUCUUCUUGUCUAGAGCAUUGCGCGAUCAGCAACAGGUUCUUUGGAUAUCUGAUAAUGGCAUCCCAGACUUAGGAGGCACUAAUGAAGAAGUACCGUGUUUUAUAGAUGAGGUCAAUCAACCUGUUCUCACUUACCCUGGUGCAUAUAGGAAGAUUACUGUUGAGCUUAAGAUCCAUCACCUAGCAGUCAACGCACUUCUGAAAAGUAACCAAGUGAAUGAAAUGGAAGGAGGUGCUUUAUUUGGUCUAGACCAGGAAAUGAAUCCCGCUUCAUUUAACUCUGACAAACUGUAUUGUUUUGAUGAGGAGACAUCGUGUGCACCAGCAUUUCGUGUUCUUAAACAGUUGAUCCAGAGAUGCCUUGCUGAUGCAGUAACAUCAGGAAAUGUUUUUGCUGAUGCUAUACUGCAGCAUCUGUACCGAUGGCUUUGCAGCCCAAAUUCCAAACUUCAUGACCCUGCCCUACACCGCAUGCUACAUAAGAUUAUGCAGAAGGUGUUUGCUUUGCUGAUGGCUGAGUUCCGCAAAUUAGGUGCAACAGUUGUAUUUGCUAGCUUCAGCAGAGUUGUCAUUGAUACAGGAAAAUCUGAUGUAUCUGCUGCAAAAACUUAUUGUGAUAGUAUACUCAAAACUCUGCAGACUAGGGACCUAUUUGAGUGGAUUGAACUUGAACCUGUCCAGUUUUGGCAUUCGCUGCUCUUUAUGGAUCAGUACAACUAUGGUGGAAUCCAAGCUAGAUUAGAAGACAGACCCACUGAAGAAUCUUCGAGAGCAAGUGUGGAGAACAUGCCAGACGACUACCAAGUGGAAAUUGUCUCCAGCUGGACUAUUGCAGAAAACUUGACCAAAAAAGCCCAGGACCAUUUCAUCAUGAUUGUUUCUGAGUUCUUGUAUUUCCCAUGGAAGUUUGCCCAAGAAGAAGCUGCUAAGCGUGCAUCGGCCACAGGUGACCUAUGUACUCCAUCAAUCACAGCUUCUACUGCGGAAAUUCUUGAAACUCAGAUGACUGAAUUUCUGAAGAAAAAGAUUGCAUCCGAGUUUACAGACAAACUUCUGAAGAUUGUCUGUGAUCCAAGUCUCCAUGUAAAAGAAAAAAACAAAUCUCAGGGUGAUCAAAACAUCUCGACUGGAGGUUUGCCAUCAUUGAAUAACAUCCAUAAGGGAGAUUCUGCUCUGGAUUUUAUCAAGUACGUAUGUGCAGCUUUGGCACUUGACCAUAAAGUUCAGCAUGAAGUUCUGGUCAUGAGAAGAAAUCUCUUGAAAUUGAUCCGUGUAAGGGAAUUCGCCCCCGAAGCCGAAUUCCACAACCAGUUCUCAUCAUUAACCCUACCAAAUGUCAUUUGCAGCUACUGCAAGGACUGCAGGGACCUUGACUUGUGCCGUGACAGGACCUUAGUCUCCCAGCAAUGGCAUUGUCCCGUGCCACAUUGUGGUCAACCCUAUGAUCGUGAAUUGAUGGAGAAUGCCCUAAUUCAGAUUGCACGCCAGAGGGAGAGGUUGUACCACCUUCAGGACCUUGUGUGCCUCAAGUGCCACCAGAUAAAAGCUGCCCACUUGGCCGAACACUGCUCAUGUGCCGGCUCAUUCACCUGCAAGGAGGACCCCUCUGAGUUUCGUAAUAAGAUGCAGAUUAUUUUGAAUGUGGCGGCCGACCAGAAAUUCCAGCUUCUACAAGAAUGCGUCUCAUGGAUCCUAGAAGUCAGGUAA